AUGACUGUAUCAUUUUAUAAAGGGCACUCCUCACGUGCUCCAGAAAGAGACUACUCGAUACCAGUCUCGGGUAAUAACAAGCUUUUUGGUGUAUUUAAUGCAAUAUCUAUAAUUGCUACAACUUAUGGGAGUGGGAUUAUACCAGAAAUUCAGGCAACUGUUGCUCCACCAGUAAAAGGCAAAAUGUUUAAAGGUCUCUGUCUCUGCUAUGCGGUGGUGAUUAGCACCUUUUUCAGUGUUGCAAUCUCAGGCUAUUGGGCAUUCGGAAACCAAGCACAAAGCAACAUCCUUACCAACUUCUUCGCUUCAGAUGGCAGUGUUCUUAUUCCCAAGUGGUUCUACAUGAUGAUCAAUUUCUUCUCCAUCGUCCAAAUUUUUGCCGUCUCUGUGGUUUACCUACAACCAACAAAUGAAGUGCUUGAGAAGCUCCUGGCCGACCCAAAAAAACAUCAGUACUCCCCCCGCAAUAUUAUUCCAAGGAUCAUUUCUCGAUCAUUAGUUGUUGCCUUAGGCACCCUCAUCGCUUCAAUGAUUCCUUUCUUUGGGGACCUCAUUGCAGUCAUAGGAGCAUUUGCAAUCUUGCCACUGGACUUUGUAAUACCGGCUGUGAUGUAUAACAUAACGUUCCGAGCAUCAACGAGGCAAAUAGUUUUUUGGGUCAACACAGUAAUCGCCAUUGUCUUUUCUGGGUUGACUGUGCUUGGUUGCAUUGCCUCCGUGAGGCAAAUCGCACUGGAUGCUAACAGUUACAAGUUAUUUGCCAAUGUGUGA